AUGCUGCUUUUGUCCUGGAUAAAUGCUCUGCUGUUUGCAGGAACGGCUCUCGCUUCUAUGCCUCAUGAUACCCAAACAGAUGCCACUGAUUCUUAUGGAACUAUCAAUGAAAAUUACAGUAUUAGCAACUCUCCAAUCAUAAGAGAAAAGGGAAAAUUGUCGUUUUUCCCUCUUGAUGGUUAUCCCAAUAUGGAAGGGUUCUUCUCUUGCGAUCUGUUAUAUCCCAUCCACGGAAAUAAAUCUGAGCCGGCUUAUACAGAACUCUACUUAUUGCCAAAUGUAAACGGAACGGUUCAUUUCCGAAGCAUUUUCUAUCCAGACAUAUUUCAAGCCUAUAAACACGCUAUCGACGGUUCAAAAGACUUGGAAUUUCUAAAGAGUCUUGUCCCAAAACCUGGUGAAAAUUUCUUUGACAGCUCUCUUGACUCCGAUUCAGAUAUGAAAUCCAGUAAGAUACUAGUUCACGAACCCGGCAUGCAUUGCUUUAUUGGGUAUCAAGAAGUUCCGGAAGAUACUGAAUCCUUCUUGCGUACGUCCAAGCCGAAACGUAAGAAUGGUCCGAUCAUGCACGUUCAUUACAGAUCUAGUAAUUACAGAUCUGGUGAUUUUCUAUUUUCUAGGCGAUUAUAUUAUCUUUUCCUUACUUUGUCUGUGAUUUAUAGUUGCGUAGGUUUAUAUUGGCUUAUCCGCUGGCUUCGUAACCCCCGAAAGAUUACCUUUACUCAUUGUCUGUUGUUCACUUGGUAUAUUGCUUUUCUAUUCAACCAUAUUUUUAAACGAUCACUGAUGGCAUACGAGGAGGUUUACAAAACUCACGGUAAUUUUGCUUAUAUCUCGUUGAUAUUUGGUUACUUCUUCGGUGACGGAAUUGAACGUUCUUUAUUUAAUUCGUUUAUUUUGGCGCUUGCACUCGGCAUGGGUUUCGUUCGGCAAAGUUCAUAUAAACUGAUUGCCUUGGUCACACUAGUGGGUUGGAUUCAAUGGGCAUUUAUCACUAUCGCUCCUUUUCUUUUCCCUGUUCUCUUUACGGUUGGUUCUUCUAAAGCAAAAUCUUUGCAAGUUGGAUGGAUGCUUUUCAAUUUUGGUUAUAUUCCCUCAGUAAUGUUCAUCGGUCAAUUCCUAUCUUGCAGGAAGGGUCUUACACCAAAAAGAUCGGAAGCUAAAAGCGUGCACUUUAUGGUGUUCAUAGCACUCACUAUUUUUUCAAUCCUUGUGAGUUUAUUGGUUCACGUGAAAAGUGCUGCAUGUUUUGAUUAUGAAUUUGAUUUAAAUGGGAGAAUUACUUUGGGUACUAUAUUCUUUAACACUCGCAGUGCUUCUUUUGAGAAUCGUGAGGACAUGUUACAAAAUAACAAACUAAGCAAUGUGGAAGAGACUCUGCCGUCAUAUAAAGACGACCCUGAAACGGACUUGCUGGUCGAUGAAAAGCUUCCACUAGUCUAA